GAUGAACAGGGGAGGGUGGCUAUUUAUUUGCUGACCAAUCACCGCGCAGUAGUUCUUAAGGUCCCUGCGGACAGCAGUUGCUCGUUGCUCUCAACACUUGUUUCAAACCUGCUAACCGGGUUGCGCCUUCGCCUACUGGUAACUGUGACAGAGCCUUGGAGAGUAGGUCACUGCUUAGAAGACUGCAGCCAUGGGUCAUCGGCGGACUCUCGGAGUAGAUUAUGAUAAACCCACCAGCAUAGUGUGCGUGGUCGGCUCUGAACUCAACGUCAACCUAGACAGGAGUGCCCCUCCUGGUUCCAAGUUCUUCUCUGUGAAGUGCACUGCCAAUGUUCAAUACAACAUAAGCCCUCCACCUGCGGAGACAUCCCACCUGUCUCCUAUACUCCUCACUGGAAACUCAGUGCUUCUCAUCAGCAUUAGCCAUGCCAGUCAGUCCGAAGAGAAUGAAAAGCUGUCUGUCUGCUACUAUGGGAAGAACAAAGAGGUCUUGGGGACAGCAAUUCUGUACCUGACAGCCAUUGAGAUCUCUCUUGAUGUGGAUGCUGACAGAGAUGGUAUUGUGGAGAAGAACAACCCAGACAAGGAAUCCUGGAAAUGGGGUCCUAAUGGGCACGGAGCUAUCCUUCUGGUUAACUGUGACUCAGAAAAGUUCUACAACAAGAAACCAGACUGUGAGGAGGCCCGCAUCUCCAAAGUGACAGAUCUUAAGGACAUGUCGCUCAUGGUGCUGCGGACCAGAGGCCCUGCCCAACUCCCAAAAGGCUAUAAACUCACCAUGCACAUCUCUCAGGGAGAUGCAGAGGGUGUUCGAGUUUUUAGAGCUGAAUCCCCUGAUGUGGUUAAGAACAGCCUGCGGAAAAUAUUUAGUGCCUUUGUCAAGGACUUUCCACUGGUGCUUAGCAGUGAGGUGCUGUCCAAGGAAGUGCCUUACCUUGGAGGCUCAGCAGAGAUGAACUUUUAUGUGGAAGGCCUGAGGUUUCCUGACAAGGACUUUGAUGGGCUCAUAACCAUCAGCCUCAGCUUACUGGAGCCAAUCCGUGAGGGAAUUCCUGAGACGCCCAUUUUCACCGACAAAGUGGUGUUUAGAGUGUCGCCAUGGAUCAUGACACCCAACACCCUCCAGCCUGUGGAGGUGUUUGUCUGCAGUACAUCUGAUAACUACCAGUUCCUCAAAGGAAUGAGGAACCUUGUUACAAAGAGUGGGUCCAAGCUGAAAAUCUGCCAUGAGUAUAUGAACAGAGGAGACCGCUGGAUGCAAGAUGAACUGGAAUUUGGUUACAUUGAUUCACCCCAUCACAGUUUUCCUGUGGUUCUGGAUUCCCCUAGAGAUGGAACUCUUGAUGACUUUCCCUAUGAUGAACUUCUGGGGCCUGACUUUGGGUAUGUGACCAGGGUGGCUCACAGAAAAGAUGUGAGCAGUCUGGACUCAUUCGGUAACCUGGAGGUUAGCCCUCCUGUCACGGUGAAUGGAAAAAAAUACCCUCUGGGCAGAAUCCUCAUUGGGGUUGCCUUCCCAACGGCAAUGGAGGGACGAAACAUGACCAAAGUGGUUCAAGACUUCUUGUGGGCUCAGAAGGUUCAGGAGCCUGUUGCCUUGUUUUCUGACUGGCUCUUGGUUGGCCAUAUCGAUGAAUUCAUGAGUUUUGUUCCUGCUCCUGACAGAAAGGGCUUUCGACUGCUGCUGGCCAGCCCAGAUGUGGGCUACAAAAUAUUCAGAAGACUCCACAAUGACGGACAUGGACAAGCCAAGAUGUUUGACGGUUUGAAUGAUGAAAAGCCAGUGACAGUGGAUGAGAUCCUGAGUGAUGAAAAUCUGCGAGCUGAAAAUAACUAUGUACAGAGCUGCAUUGACUGGAACAGGGAUGUAUUGAAGAGAGAGCUGGGCCUGGAUGAUGAUGACAUUAUUGACCUGCCAGUUCUUUUCAAGAUGAAGUGGUUGAACAGAGUUGUGGCCUACUACCCUGAUAUGGUCAACAUGAUUGUUUUGGGGAAAAAUCUUGGCAUUCCAAAACCAUUUGGCCCCAAGGUGAAUGGACGCUGUGUCCUCGAGGCAGAGAUGUGCUCCCUGAUGGAGGCUCUGGGCCUCAACUGUACGUUUAUUGACGACUUUGCCACCUACCACAAACUGCUGGGAGAGGUGCAUUGUGGUUCCAAUGUCCGUAGAAAGCCAUUUGACUUCAAAUGGUGGAACCUUGAGCUGUGAGUUAAAAACUGAAACUGAGAGAAAUUAAAGUAGCAAGGGAUUCAGUUCUGGUUGUUUUUGUAGUGAUGGCAUCUGCCAAUAUUAAUGUCUAACUUGUAUUCUUCUUUGUAUCAUUGCUUUAAUCAAAUCAAACAAUCAAAUGUGCAGUGAAAGCAUCUCACUGCAACUCUGGUGUGGUUUUAAAAGAGUACACAGCAAUCAGCUAAAUUACACAGCAUUCAUGCUUUUCCUGUCAAUCUCUUAUAUCUGUGAUGUAAAUUUACAACCAGAGAUCCAUAACUAGAUUCCACCUUUAAGGCUAAAAUCGACCAUGCACGAAAGCAGUGUAGGUUAGCCAAUCAAAUGUUAGGGUCUAUUUCAAGGGUUCUACCUACAGUCCUUAAGUACCAGUGUCCCCUAAUAUUUUGAUGCAUCCCUGCUCCAACACACCUGAAUCAAAAGGCUGAUUUACCUUUCUGGUCUAUCAGCAGGCUUUGCAGGGCCUGGUUAUUAACCAUUCAUUCGAGGACUGGAGUUUGUACCCCAGGUCUGUUUAAUGAGUUGAGGUGUCAGUUUAAAUCAUUUCAUGAUUGUGGCACAUGAAAGAUGAAAUUAGUACUGAAAUGGUUAUAUAUGAUUUUUGCAAAGGCCUAUAAUAACAUUUUAAUGAUUUAAAUAAAUACUGAAACAGUAGAACAUCAGUUACUUCAUGGUUGGUUCUUCUCUUAUCAGAUAUAUUCUGAAUUCUAUCAUUCUUUGCAUAGUAACAACCAUCAUUUAUUGGAAAUAAAUCAGUCUAGGGAUAGUGGUGUUUAUAUUCAUAUUUAAUAAACCUUUUUUUAAAUGUAAUUUACAAAAAAAGAUGAAAAGCAAUAUUUACAAACGAGUCUUUUUUUAAGGGUUUAAGCAAACCGUUGACAAAAACAGAAGUACAAUCAUCUGAAUUAAGCACAGCAAAAGUUUUCUCCCAGUGUUAAAGUUGCUGAUAGACACUGGUAUGGAGUGCAAACACAUGUAGAUUGAAGGUACCACAUAGUAAUGUGCAAUAAUAACAUAGAGCCACAAGAGGGUAGACUUUAUCUACUCAUGUCUUUUUAAUAGCCAACAUUGUUUUUUUUUCUCUAAAAAUCCAUCGAAAGGAAAGUUUUGCAUUACAUCUUAUAGGUUUCUCAUUUAUUUUUCUGUGCCACUUUAUUUUGUCACUAUAAAGAGCUUCAAUGAAUACCAUUUACACUUUUGGGGAGGUCUGUCUUUGCAUCAGUGUCUUAAACUUUUUUUUUUUUUUUACUUUGUAUGCAAUAUAAAUGUUGUCAACUGCUAAAUACAUAAUAAAUAUCUUCUGUGAAUUUACUGAAAUAAAAUGAGUCAACAUGU